AUGCGUCCUCCUCACCUCUUCCUCUUCCUUCCUCUCUUCCUCCCUAGGAUGUGGGGAGACCCAGAAGCAGAGCCGCAGGUUUUCCAGGUGCUCCUGACCAGCCUCUUUGCCAACAUCAGCUCUACAGAGGUGUCUGGGUUGGCUCUCCUGGGGGACGUGCCCCUGUUUGCACUAGAACCUGCCGACUGGAGCCUCCGCUUCCACUGGCCCUGGGCCCGCCGAGCCACGGAUGAGGGUGAUGCAGAGAGGAUAAAGUCCCAAACCAAGAUGCUGCUGCGCAAUCUAGUCAGAUACGUGCACGAAGUGACCCAGAAGAUACAACUGGACUAUCCAUUGGUUGUCCAGAUCCGUGCCGGCUGCGUGCUGCAUCCCAACGGGACAGUCUGGAGCUUCAUGGAUGUCGGGGCGGGUGGCAGAGACUUCAUAUCUUUUGAGGUGGAGAGACAGUUCUGGGAGCCCCGGCAGCCGUCCCAUGUAGCAGAGCUGGUCAGCAAGUCCCUCACAAGCAUGAAGUCCAUCUCAUUGUUCCUGCAGCAGCUCCUCUCCAGCUCCUGCCGGGACCACAUCCUCACCCUGCGCAGGUACGGGAGAGCUGAUCUGGAGAGACAAGCGCUGCCUGUGGCCACGCUCUCCGCCCAGGCGCUCAGCCCAGCUCAGCUCCUGCUGCUCUGCCAAGUCACUGGCUUUUUUCCUCGGCCCAUCAGCGUGGCCUGGCUGCGGGACGGGCAGGAGGUGCCCCCGGGCCCGGCGCUGGGCACCAGCUCCAUCCUGCCCAACGCUGACCUGACCUACCAGCUGCGCAGCACCUUGGCCGUGCCCACGGGCGAUGGGCACAGCUACACCUGCCACGUGAGCCACCGCAGCCUGGGCACCCGCAGCCUCCUCCUGCCCUGGGGGAGUCCAAGUUCAGGACUUCUUAGUGGUUCAGGAGUGGUCUGUGCAGUGUGGAUGGCAGUGCCCAAGAGUGGCCCUGCCUGCAGGGAGGACAAGGUGAAACACUUCUAA